AUGUCUUUCGCGAUCCUCCCUUCCAAGCCACAGGCUCCAAUUGCUUACAAGCUUGUUGAGAACCAAAAUAACAAUCCGGAUUCUCCACUCAUCGUAUUCAUUAAUGGUCUUGUGCUACCCUCUCUAUCAUGGAAUCCCACAAUUGCUCUUCUUCAACAGUCCACUAGUUCCGUAAAGCCAAACAUUUUGACAUACGAUCGCUACGGUCAAGGUGCCACGACCUCUCAAGAUCCAGCCGACAACAUACCAGGAAAAGACCCUGGAUAUGGUCAUGAUUUGAACGACGCAGUUAACGAUCUCCACGAGCUAAUUCAAAUCACCGUCCCGACAAACCCCAAGCUUUUACUCGUUGCAGCUAGUAUCGGUGUUCAUAUCGCUCGAACCUACGCUCAUAAAUAUCCAGCCACUGUGGAAGGUCUCUUGUUCCUUGAUUCAAACAUCGGCAAUGCCGAAGCUACGGAUCUCUGGCCAAAUCCUCAUACUCCUGAUUUUAUAGAGAGCGAUGUUUGGGAGAUGACUGUACGCUGGAGCAAUACAUUGAAGCGAUUGGAUAGAAGAAACGUCUUGAAACUUCUACCCAACCCUUCCUCUCCAAAACUCCAGGGGUUGAAUGGCAAAGGGCCAUGGUUGAAGAUUGUUGGGCAUGACCCUGACCGUUUCGCAGAAGAGAUGUGGAGGAUGUUAAAGAUUCCCAGGAGUAUUAAUAGGAAGUAUACUCAACCUACAUGGCAAAAAUAUAAUGAAGGGCUGUUGAAUCUCACCGGUGCUGACCGCUCAGUAAAUGAAGUUCUUAUUGCUCCAGGUUGUGGUCAUUUUAUCCAGAAAGAUAAUCCUCAGUUCGUUGCCACACAAUUGGAGGAUUUACUUUCGAGGAUUUACUUUCGAGGAUUUAGAUUCCAAAUUUUAACUUUUGGACCAAAUAAAAUAGGCGUGAAACUCAAUGCGAAACCACCGACAACAGAUUACAAAGAAAUCAAGUAG